AUGUCGGCCUUCAAUAGAGGCUAUGCUGGAUCGCUCAAAGGAUUUUGGCUCCAAGCAGCCAUCACCUUGUGCUCAGCCUGGGCCUUCACCCUCUUUGGAUAUGACCAAGGCGUCCUGGGCGGUCUCAUCGCCCUCCCUACUUUCCUGUCAGCGAACCACAUCGACCCCAAUGCGGCAGAUCUGCAAGGCACGGUCGUGGCGAUCUACGACAUCGGCUGCCUGACUGGAUGUAUCAUCUGUGGGUUUGUUGGACAGCUGCUCGGUCGCCGCCUGUUCAUUGUCAUCGGAGGACUCCUCAUCUGUCUCGGAGCUGGACUGCAGGCUGGAGCCCACGGUACUUCGUAUCUGAUCUCGGGACGUGUCGUUGCCGGCCUCGGAAUGGGCAUCAUCACCGUGAUGGUGCCGGUCUGGGUUGCUGAAACGGCUAAGGCAAAGACUCGAGGUGCCUUAAUCGCGGCUCAGCUUUCGAUCGUCAUCCUGGGCCUCACAAUCGCCUAUUGGUUUGACUACGGCAUGAUUCGCAGUUUUCCCGACACAGAGGCCGUCUGGCGCCUACCGAUCGCUUUCCAGGUCGUCUUCAUCUUGUUGACCUUUGCCAUGAUCUUCUUCCUCCCGGAGUCGCCCCGCUACCUAUACGCCAAUGGCCAGAUUGCUGACGCCGAUCAUAUCAUGGCCCGCAUUUACUCUGUUCCACUUGACAGCCAGGUAGUGGCCAAACAGCGUUCCGAUGUGUUUGCAGCGCUUGAAGCGGAGAAGGAGUACAAAUUCAAUUUCAAGAACCUGUUCUACGAUGAUUCUCCGGUAAACACGACCUGGCGGCUGUGGCUGGGUGUUCUCGUUCAGUUCUUUCAACAAAUGGAUGGCAACAAUAUUGUCUCGUACUACGCGACCUUUCUCUUCAUCCAUUCUCUCGGCAUGUCGCAAAACCAGGCUGCUAUCACGAGCGGCGGUGUGACCCUACUCUUUCUGGGAGGGACCGUGUCGACCAUAUGGACAAUGGAGAAAUUUGGCCGAAGAUCGGUCAUGUUAUGGGGUGCCAUUUUCUGCUCGACGUUCAUGAUCCUGUUCACCAUUGGGCUCGCCGUCAAUAACAACUCUUCCAACAAGCUUGCUGUCGUCAGCAUCUUCCUGUUUGAGUUCUUCUUUGGAGCGUCCUGGUGCGAUGCGCCAUGGAUCGUGGGUUAUUUCCCGGAUCAUGAAGAGGACAUAGCUAACUGUGGUGUCCAGUAUGUUCCCGAGAUCGCACCUCUCCAUGUCCGUCAUAUUGGUACCUCCAUGGGUGUCUUCACCCAAUGGAUCAUCACGUUCAUCGUGGUCAAGUUUGGGCCGAUGGGGAUCCAAGCCUCGGGCUGGAAAUUUUACCUGCUGUUCUGCGUGUUCAACGUCUUGGCCGUCCCUUUUGUGUACUUCUGCGUCAAGGAGACCAAGGGCCUGAGCUUGGAGGAGAUCGAUGUGCUCUUUGCGAAGGCAGAGUACAAACACGUGUUGGAAGCGAGACUUCGGGGUGAUCCGGAGGCCGGAGAGAAAGGUGGUGUUGAGGAGCAGGAGGUCGCUCAAGAGACAUUCGAGAUGAAAUAG